AUGAAAAACAUGGAAACCCCAAGUGCUUCUGGCUCUGCUUCCAAAAGAUUGAAAAGGUUGAAUGACUUGAGACAGAAAGUGCCUCAUUGCAGCAAAGCUGCAUUAGAAGCAAUUCUCAGGGAUAUUCGUGACAAAGGGCUCCCAAAAGCAAAAUCAGCCAAGAAGAUGAGAGCUGCUGCAGAUGAGGCUUUGUCUGACUGUAACCGGUUUGGUGAUUUGCUGCUGCCACAAGAGGAGGCUGCACUUCGGGAAAGGAUCAUGAAAAUCCAGGGUGGCAAAAAGCAGUUGGCAGUUGCCAUCAGCAGCUUUUGCCAAAAAGUGAAGAACAAGAUGACGGACCCAGAAAAAGCCCGAGGGUCUGCAGUGCAAGCGAACCUUGAUGAACUCUCCCAGUUGACUGAAGACAAGGAGAGAGCCGCAGAGAAGUGCAAGCGCAUCUACAAUUUGGCAGAUCCGGAGGUGCAAUGUGCCCUUGCGGCGCGGAAUGGCGGGUUGAAAGAUAUGAUUGCUUCCGUGACUUGGUAUGAGCAGCUCAAGGAGAAGUAUCGAGACAUGGGAGUACAACAGCGAAAUGAAACAAGGAAUAUUCGCGACUGGCACGUCAAGAGCUGGUGGCGAUUCUGGUGGAAGGACGAAAUGGAGGUGUACGACAACCAGGUGAAGAAGGAUGAAGAACAGCGUAUGUCAGAUGAACAACUACAUGAUCAGAAGUUGGAAGAGAUUGAGAACAAUCUUACGGAUAUCAAUGUCCAGAAAGGAAAACGGCAGGAGCAUCUUGUAGAGCUCAGGAAGAAGGAUUCUGAAAAGUUUUGGCGAAAUAUUCUGAAUUCGCAAGGCUUGCUGUCAGCAGAGGCCGAAGUGGAACAGAAAGAUGCAAGCCUUAAAGUUUUGCAAGAUCAGUUGCUGGAAGUUAUGAGAGCGACAGGAGUUACUAAUCCUGAAAUGGCCACAAGACUUAUCACCCAACAUGAAAGGACCAAGUUCUUGUAUUCGGAGGUUAGUGCCAAAUCUCCAGAGGUGGCCACGAAUAUGCAAGAAUGGCUGUCGUUGGCAGGAAACAUCAUCCGUGACCCCACCAUUUCCAUCGAUGCCCUUCCAAUGGCGCUGCUCAUCCUUCACGACGAGCAUCAAGAACAGAUGCGGUCGCUCCAGAAGUCCAGGUCUCGAAGCCUUUUCGGUUCAAGACACAGCUGUCGCCAUUCAACGUGUGACGCGGUCAUCGCGCCUGUGAGACGCUCCCAACAGAUCCGGCCCUUCGUCAUGGCCGUGGUCUUCCUCUUCCACACGGAGCAAGACAUCAGCACCAUGGAUGUCGGCGCGGUGUCUCACUGGCUGCGGACUUUGAGCAUGGGCCAAUACAUUUCAACGUUUGAAGCUGCAGCAGUUGAUGGGCUGUUGCUGGCAAACCUGACUGGCCAGGAUCUGCAAGACAUUGGCAUAGACAAAGGAAUCCGUCGCAAGAAGAUUCUCACGCACCGUGAUAAAUUGCUUGUGGAUGGUGUGAAGACCUUGUCAGUGGGUGAUCAGUUGCUCUUGGAUCGCGAGUACUCGGUUGUCAGGGGCAACGAUGCAACGCCAGAUCCUGAGGAUGCUGGGGGUGUCCGGGAAGAGAUUCAGGCGGACCUUCUCCAGAUUGUGCGAGACAAGAGUGCAGCCAACACCUUCAAGCCAAAGUCUGCGUUGCCAUCUAAGGGCAACCUUCUGCGCAGCAUCAGUUUGAUGGGCUGUAGUCCCUUGACCGUCCAUUUUGCGCGCCACGCCGCGCCACGCCACCGCCACAGAGCGCAUGCCAGUGUAAGUGAGAAAACAAUGCCCACCUUUGUCACGCAGGGCCCACGCAAGCGCAUUGCCGUGGUCAUUUCUGCCUUUGGUAGCAAACAUGGCGCUGUCCAGUUCACGACAACCACUGUGGGGACUUCAGCGCACAUGGAAGUGUUGCGCAACUUCUUCAGCUCCAAUCAUGGCUCUCCCGUAGCGACUGAACCUCGGCCCAACCGCCGUGGUGAGGUGGAAACUGCGCUGGCGGUGCCCAAAUUUGCGGAGAAGCUUCUGGAAAAGAAGGGUGAGAUGGAAUUUCACCACUAUGCUGCCCACGAACUUGAAGUUUUGAAACUUGCUGCGCAGGGACAGAAGCUUGCGCCUUGCUUUCACAGGAAGCUUUGCCUGAAGCGGUCUUCUGCCACUUUGCGGGGUAUGUCUCCAACCACAGCCUGUUCAAAGCAGGUUGACUCCUGCGCAGUACUUUGCGGAGGUCCCACGCACAGCGUCUUGCAACGCUACACGAUUGCCAGGUUGCGAAACUUUCGGACUGAGCUGGCCUCUGCCCUCCAGAUCAUAGAGCCUAAAGCUCAAUACUUCAUGCGUGACCAGGAACUCUACACAGUUGCAGAGGAGCGCCAUGUGAUCUUUCAAGAUCUGAAGGUCAGUGCAACUGGGCUAAUGCUGGAUCCUGAGUGCCACGCUCAGUAUUUCCUCAAAAGGUGGAGGAGUAUCAGUGUUUUUGGAUGA